AAUUACAGUAGCCGGUUGUCAGUGAUGAGUCAGAGUGCGUGGUGCUGAUGCUGCUGCCAUUUCAUCACCUUUGCGAGCGCAGCAUCCAUCCCUCCGCUCUCCCGAGCCUGGGCCUAUCUCGCUUUGGGCUCCCGGGCCAGCGAUGCGCUCCCGGCCGAGCUAAAUCGGAACCGAGGCGCUCUGUCCGAGGCCUUGGCGGGGCGCCCGUCUUGCCGCCCCCGUCCCGGGCCUAGGAGACCUGCCAAGCCACGGCCAUGGAGGCCAUCUGGCUCUACCAGUUCCGGCUCAUUGUCAUCGGGGAUUCCACGGUGGGCAAGUCUUGCCUCAUCCGCCGCUUCACCGAAGGCCGCUUUGCCCAGGUUUCGGACCCCACUGUGGGGGUGGAUUUUUUCUCCCGCUUGGUGGAGAUCGAGCCAGGAAAACGCAUCAAGCUUCAGAUCUGGGAUACCGCAGGCCAAGAGAGGUUCAGAUCCAUCACUCGCGCCUACUACAGGAACUCAGUAGGUGGUCUUCUCUUAUUUGACAUUACCAACCGCAGGUCCUUCCAGAAUGUCCAUGAGUGGUUAGAAGAGACCAAAGUACACGUUCAGCCCUACCAAAUUGUAUUUGUUCUGGUGGGUCACAAGUGUGACCUGGAUACACAAAGGCAAGUGACUCGCCACGAGGCCGAGAAACUGGCUGCUGCGUACGGCAUGAAGUACAUUGAGACGUCAGCCCGAGAUGCCAUUAAUGUGGAGAAAGCCUUCACAGACCUGACCAGAGACAUAUAUGAGCUGGUUAAAAAGGGGGAAAUUACAAUCCAGGAGGGUUGGGAAGGGGUAAAGAGUGGAUUUGUACCAAAUGUGGUUCACUCUUCAGAAGAGGUUGUCAAAUCAGAGAGGAGAUGUUUGUGCUAGUCAGCUCUUUUAUUUCCAAAACAUGCUCUCCCACAUGAAUUUAAAAGUGAUCAAAACAAAUAGAAUCCUUAUGUGAUUGAAGAGAACUCAACCUUUGGAUACCAAGUGAGCCUCCUUAGGGGGUGGGGGGCUUUUACAGGCUUAUGUGUGGGUGAUGCAGAAGCCGGGGUGCUAUGACUGAGGAACUGAAUUGCUGACAUGGGCUGGGGGCCAUACACUGUUUUGUGACACAUGUUUGGCAGUGGCUGUUCCACGUGCCCUUUGUGGACAUGUUAAGGGCCUGGGGUUUGCAAAGCUAGGUCCCAGGAAAACAUACAUGUAGACAGGACAAUUGUUCCUUGGUGUUUCAGCUUGUUCAUAAGUCAUGCCCAUAAAUAUGUAAAGGGAAAAUAUCAUAUUGGGAACAAUUAACAUGACAAAGAAUAUGGGACCUACUUAUUCAAUGAGAGCAUCUUAUACCAAAUGUGCGUGUUCGGUUUGAUUAAAAAGUAUCAAUUUGCUUCUAACAGCUCCCCUGUAAAAUGAGGGGCAUGGACCCUCGUUUGCUAAGGUUCUUUCCAGGCUUGGUGUUCUAGUAAAAUGAUGUGGAUAGGAAAAGGGAGGUAACUUACACAUUAUUAUUAAGACAUUUGAGAAAAAUGUAUACCCUUGCGGUAGAGUUACCACCGGUGUCAAAUCAAUUGUCUCAUAAAAAUUACCAC